AUGGCCAUGAGAAAUAAUUUGAAUAGCACUUUCAAAACUAGCAGUUAUAAACACGUAAAGCGACCAAACGGUAAAUACGGGAAUUUGUCAUUACAUAGUGGGUUUAGUAAAUGUGAUAUUUGUGGAAAAAAUUUUCAAAGAAUGAAGUUAUUUGACCAUAUCAGGCAAUCUCAUCAUCAAUACUUUUGUUUAGUUUGCAAAGCUAGAUUUAAGAUACAUAAAGACUUGAUUAAUCACUUACAAGAUAUUCAUCAAUUAGUAGCUUCGGAUAAUCUUAACAAAUCUCAAGAUGUAUUUUGUGAUAGUGUUAAUAAAAGGUACUUUGCUCAGCCUCUACUUUCUUCUCGACUCCCAAUUCCGUCUACUACAAAUUCUCCAUUUUUAAGUAGUAGUUCUGAAGAUGAUGAAUUACACUUAGAUAACAUAGAUGUAAUGGAUGUGGUUUUUGGUACUAAAAAUUGUGAACAACGUAAAGAUGAAUUGGAAAUAAGUGUUGUUAUUGAUGACAUUAUAAAAUAUGUUAUAGAUGAUGUUAAAGCUGAUGACCUUUUUGAAAGCACAUUACAAGACUUAAGUUGUUCUGAUAUAUCGGUGACUGAUGAAUUUGAUAACAAAACUCUUAAAAAAUUAGGUGCUUCAGAAGAAGACAAUUAUCAUACACAUUAUUUUAUGUCUCAAACAAAUUGUGACAAUAGUCUGUCUGCAAAUAUAAAUUUUUCUGAAAAUAAUGAGUUGUCAAUGAACACAUUAACCCAAUCUCCAAUCACUAUGGACUUGAUAUCUGUACAAACAUUACAAAAUCUUGAAGAAGAAUUUAAACUUGGAAUUAAAAAUAUGUCUACAGUUUUAUCAGAAAAAAGUCCAUGGGUAAAUGGACCAGAAGCACUACAAAAUAUUAAUCACUCAACAGAGAAUGAUAAUCUUCUUGUUAUGGCUCUAACUCUAGAUCAUAAAUUAACAGAUAUGAAAAUAAAUGUAAUACUUAAAGAAUGCAUUAGAACUUCAUGUUUAACUUGUGUAUACUGUCACAAUUCAACAUCUAUUGCUGUGAAUGGUAAACAACUAGCACUGCAUAUGAUAGAAAAACAUCGCUUUAUGACUGUAAAAAAUGAAUCUUCUGAAGAUGUUGCUAAUAUAUUAAAAUCAAAUUUGAAUGCUUUAGAAAAUGUUUAUUUAAACUCUGAAAACUAUGACUCUACCGAUGAUUUAAGUCAUACACCAUUUAAUAAUACUUUCUAUUGCUUCAACUGUCAAUUUACAUCAAAACAAAUGAAAGAAGUAAACUCUCAUAAACGUAGUGUUCAUUCGAGAAAAACUUAUGACUGUAUAAUGUGCAAAAUAACUUUUUCCAAUUAUGGAGAACUGCAUUGUCAUUUAUGUCCGGGUGUGGAUCUUGGAGUUUGGCAAAAUUUAUCAUUUAGAUGCUUAUUUUGUGGCCAGGGUGAAAUUCCAUCUGCAUUUCGAUGUAUGGUUCAUUUAAGAAAAGCUCAUAAUGCGUGUGAUUAUUGUUUGGAAACAUUCUCCAACCAACAAAGUUUAGCCUUGCAUGUUAAUAAACAUAAAAUGAGGCAUAUGUGUUUGAAAUGUAACAUAACUUAUCUCAGUAAGAAGGAUAUUUUUGAGCAUAUGUUUUGGAAGCAUAAUAGGGACAGCAAAGAAUGUAAAUCAUGUUUAACAAAAAAAUGGCCUUAUACAUAUCAUUUUUGUGUUCCGCCUGCAAUGUUCACAUGUGAUGAAUGUAGAAGAACUUUUUCCAAUGCUUUAUUAUUAAGAGUACAUGAAAGAUGGCACUCUGGAAAUGUUCCAUAUGAAUGUACUACUUGUUCUAAUAAAUUUAUUUCAAAAAAGUUACUUAAGAAACAUGAAUUAAUUCAUAAAGAAGUAAUAUCUCCUGUAAAAAAGAAAAAAAAGAAGAAGAAAAAAGGAUUUGACUAUAAUCUUCCUCCACUAAAUCUUUCUUCUGAUAGUGAUACUGAGAAAACUCCUCGUCAUAAACCUGAAAAAUAUCUAAAAUCGCCAAGUCCAAGUGGUAAUUAUUGGGAUUAUGUUAGUAAACAAAAAAAAGAAUUGGUUCAUAUUGCAUUACUAGAUCAUGACUAUACUUUAUUAUCAACUAGUCAAUCUGAAUUAAUAAAAUCUCCUCCAUAUCCAGAUGAAUUAGCAGCUAUUGUAAAUGGUAGUGAAAAUAUAUUAAAUAACUCUUUUAAUAUUUCUUGUCAAAGAUCAUCAUGUUCGUCACACUGUAAUUCAUCAUCUUCAUCGUCUAGUUCAUGUGGGUCAAAUUGUUCAUGUUCUUCGUCAUGUUCUUCAUCAUGUGACUCUGAUAAGGAGGAAAAGAAAAAGCCAAUAAUUGAAAGUCCAAAAAAACACAAAAAGAAGAAAAAAGAAAAAAAAAUUAAAGUUUUAAGUGCCAAGAAAAUAGCAAAUUUCAAUUUGUGUGCAUUAGAAUCUGAUUUGGAAAGCGAGUUUUCAAAUACAGAUAAUGAAGAAUAUUAUGAUAUUAAUCCAGUCCCUUUGCAUCCUGAAGUAAAUAAUAAAGAAAUAAUACAAUCAAAGCAAGAAAGUCUUAUGGAAAAUACGGUAAUUUUACCUAAAGAGAACAGUACAUUAAUACCUUGCAUAACUUUACCAAAUGAUAAUAGUUUUAAAUUGUCUAACCCCCAUCAAUGUACAAACAUUGAAUCUCAAUUAUUAAAUAAUAGUGAAUCCAUUGGUUUACCGAAUAAUGAAUUUAAAAUAGCUGAUGAAUAUGAACUAUAUAGUAGUAAUUAUUCAUCAUCUAUAAAUAAUAUAUCUCCAUCAUUCAAUAAUUUUUUAUUACCUAAUGAAGAUAGGGAAUGUAUUGAGAAUAACUUAAACAAAAAUCCAGUUACUAUAUGCAAUGGCAAUAAUAAUUUACAUAGUAUAAAAGAUGAAUUAAAUUUGAGUUUAAGUCGUGGUCAAAAAGUUGUACAUAAUUAUUUUACACCACAGAAAACAAGAAAACGUCUCCAUUCUUCAUCACCUACAAAACGACAAACAAAACGUAAGUUAAAAAUUAAGGCGUCCAAAGAAACUCCUCUGUUAUCGAAAGUAGUAGCAAGCAUUCCUUCACCACUUUCAAUUAACUCUUCUUAUUCGACAUGUUCACCUAAUUUAUCGAGAAGCCCUAUGUUGUCAAAUGAUACUCGUCAGUCUAAACGGCAACCGAAAAAGAGAAAAUUUUUUGGUUAUGAGAGUAGUGAUGAAGAAAAACUACAAAAUGGAGAUUCAUCUUUUUUAGUUCAGCCAUUAUCCCUUCAUAUCCCAUCUGUGACUAAAAAGAAGCAAAAACGGAAACUUAAACCAGUAGUAUCACCACUUCAACAUCAACAUACAACUACUAAAUUGACACAAUCUCAUCAAACAAGACCUAUUGUAGAUGUUCGAAUAAGUAAAACUGUUAUACCCCCUGAUGUUACUGAUAAUACUGACAGUGAUUCUGGAAAUUUAGUAAUUGAACUUCCUAAGUUUGUAGAACAGAAAGCAGUACAGAGCACAGAGAGACUAUAUUGUCACUGUAGGUGCCCAUACGAUGAAGUUUCUGAAAUGAUAGCAUGCGAUAAUCCUAAUUGUCGUGUUGAAUGGUUUCAUUUUGAUUGUGUUGGUAUCACAGUUGCCCCAAAAGGUAAUUGGUACUGUCCAGAUUGUCGUUGA